GUCAAUACCAUGUUGCGUUCCCUAGCACGUCCUCUUGUUUCACUGACUGGGUGCAAAGCUGCAAGCACAACAACUGGCAUUAAACCAGGGACAAAGUAUGGAGGAAAAACAACUGUCACACUUAUCCCAGCAUCGUGGACCAAAAGAACUGCAGUUUGUACACUUAUUCCUGGUGAUGGAGUGGGUCCUGAGAUCUGCGAGUCUGUGACCACCAUCUUCAAGGAAAUGGCUGUUCCGGUAGAGUUUGAAACUAUUGAGCUCACCAAACACACACUCAAUGAUGAGGGUUCUUUCAACAUGGCCAUCACUUCACUGAAACGCAAUGGUGUUGGACUAAAAGGUGUGCUGAACAGGUCAGGUGACUUCAGACAUCAUAACAUGGAGUUCAGAGGAAACCUGGACACAUACGCCAAUGUUGUUAGAGCCGUGAGCUUUGACGGUAUCAAAACUCACCACACAGGGAUAGAUCUGAUUGCAAUCCGUGAGAACACAGAAGGGGAGUACAGCUGUUUGGAGCACGAGUCUGUGCCAGGAGUCGUUGAGUCCUUCAAGGUUAUCACUCGUGAAAAGUCCAUGAGGAUCGCUAAGUUCGCAUUCGACUACGCCCUUGAGCACAAUAGAAAAAAAGUGACUUGCAUUCACAAGGCUAACAUUAUGAAGCUGAGUGAUGGUCUUUUUAAGUCGUGUUGCCAAGAGGUGUCCGAACUGUACCCUACAAUCGACUACGAUGAACAGAUUGUAGACAACACUUGCCAGCAACUCGUCAUAAACCCACAGCAAUUUGACGUCAUGGUGAUGCCUAACCUGUAUGGUAACCUGGUAUCCAACCUGGCUGCUGGUUUAGUUGGCGGAGCAGGAGUAGUUCCCAGCAAGAGUUACGGCAGUGAAAUAGCUGUAUUUGAACCUGGUGCUCGUCACACAUGGAUGGAAAUGAAAGGAAUGUACGUUGCAAACCCUGUAGCAAUGGUCCUCAGUUCCGCUUUCAUGCUGAAACAUCUAACUCUCCACGAUGCUGGAGACAAGUUGAUCCAAGCAGUCAAGAAUGUUUUAAACAAGCGAAGCUGUCGUACAAUAGACCUCGGUGGGAAAGCCAAGACUCGUGACAUGACACGUGCUAUUCUGGAUGAACUCGAAAUAAUGGAACUGCAAGCCAAUCUUGGUAUCUAGUUCCGUUCAAGCUAAUAUUAUCUGUUAUUUUCUAUUUAUUUAGUGGGAUUUGAAAAGACUGAAAGAAAAUGUUAGUAGGAAAAUAAAUGAUACUGUGUUUUUCACCCUGAUUCAUUUCAUUUCCUUGUAUGCUUCUCUUUACUCACUAGGUAUAUUUUCAUUUCAAAUUCCCAUGGUACGUAUUGUAUCAAGUUUCAUAGUACCUUUAACCAUAUAAUAUUACACAGUAUUUGCCUGUCCAUUUUAUAAUGUCGAGUUUUGCAUUCACCUGCACGUAACGUUCUUCAACGCCUUUUUGAAAUUUCAUUAAACCCAAGUUUAUUUAUUGAUUGUCGGAUAAUGUGUUUAAACGUUUUGCUGUAACAUAAUUUUGAGACUAUUUAUUUUCUACAAAUGGCUACUAAA